CAAGCAGGCUCCGUGCUGUCAGCACAGAUCCCGAUGUAGGGCUCGAACUCAUGAAACCGUGAGAUCAUGACAUGAGCCAAAACCAAGAGUCAGAUGCUUAACCAAGUAAACCACCCAGGGGCCCCUGAUCAGACUGCAUUUUAAAGUUGAUGCUUUCCAGUAUCCUCAUCCUGACUCAAAUUUCUUAGCUCUGGGAAGAACACCUUUCCCUCCCCUAGAUACCUGUAAACUCUUGUCAUUUAGGAAUUCUAUUUUUGAUUCUUGCUCUUUUCACUUAACUUUAUAUAAUGAAUAUUAUUCCAUAUCAUUAAAAUGGGAAGUUGGAGACAUUUUCAGAAACGCGACUUUUAAAGAGUAGACUGUAUUCCAUUAUCAUGAGCUUUCAUUUCUACAGCUUCCCCCGUUAGAGUUUGAAUAGCUCCUGCACAGAUGCCCUGUCAUCAGUCCACCAUUCCAGGAUGCAGGGAGCAGCCUUCCUGGGAAGCUGCUGGGGCAGGGUACAGAUGCACGAAUAAGAGGUUUAUUUGAAGCCUUUCCCAUGUGUAUGUAUGUGUUAAAUGUUUCCAUUGAAGCUAAAGAGAGAGUCUUGAAGAAAGAAAAGCAUCAAAUUAUGGUUGACAACAAACUUGUGACUGUUUUUCUGGAGCCCACUGAGAAUCCAACAGAGAAGAAUGCAAGACCCAGAACAUCUUCGCUGGCACAGUCACAAGAUGCUUCUGGUGAGAGGCAUCCAAACAAAGAACAUAUUCCUAAUGCCGUGGAUUCCUGUGUCCAAAAGAGCUUCUCAAAGGACAGGAUUUAGAGGGCCCAGCAAUACUGCAUGCAGUUAAGUGUUUAAUUUUUGUUUUUGUUUCUGUUUUUAAAAAGGAGGGGAAUUGAAGAAGUGAAAAAACUGAAUAGGAAAAAAAAGAAUAGGAAAAAACAUCCUUUUCAGAUUUACGACUCCCUUCCAAGCUCACAGACUCUUGUGAGAACCACAGCUGCUGGCCCGAGAGCAGAAGUACUUUCCCUUCACUCCAUUCCCCAAUAGCGGAGAGAGUGGGAGGCUCUAGAAUCCGGAAUUCUUGUCCACUUCACUUGUUAAAUACGCCUCGUGCCCAGGCUCUACAGUUACAUCAGACUCUCUGGAGAUGGACCUGGUCCUUGGCUUGUUUGUUUGUUUGUUUGUUUGUUUGUUUUUCUUUUGCUUUGUUUUCAUUCCCCAGGUGAUUCUAAUGUGCAGACAGAGCUGAGAACCUCUGGGCUGUAGCAUACGGCAUCCUCCGCAAAAAGGGUUUGAAAGAAGUCACCCUCUCUGCUAAGGAAAGACAUAAUAGCUAUUUGUCUGGUCUCUAGACACUGUCCUGACAGGAGACUGUUGAGCUGAUGUCUGAGAGAUUUUUUUUGUUCCUUUUAAAAUUUCAGAUCUUUCUUAGUGUCACAGCUGACCUGAACUGUGACCUCUUCUCUAAAGAGCAGAGGGAACACAUAACCACCAUCUGCCCCAACAUCAAAAAGAUGGAAGGGCACAAUGGAAUUGAGAAGGUGUGUGGUACCUUCGGAGAUAUUGAAAAAAUACAUCACUUCUUGAAUAAGCAACUCCGGGAAAGGGGGCAGAAACAUGAAUCUUCCUCUUUGACAACAGAGAAGGAGCCAGUCCAUCAGCACCAGAACGGCUGCCCUUAUUCCCCUGAACCAAAAAACAGGGCAGAAGAAAAAAGUGGCCAUUUUGAAAUUCCCUUGCCUUUCUUUGAAUACUUCCAAUUUAUCUAUCCUGAUAAAAUGGACUCAAUACAGAACAGAUUUGGUGUAAAAAUAAUAAUCCAGCAGAGUUCGAACAUAGUCUAUUUAGACUUCACCUCGAAUCAACCAGGUGACCUCAGAGCAGCUCAGGAGGUUUUUGUCAGUGAAUUUCAGAAAACUGUAGGACUUCUGGAGCAACAAUGUGUUGCUUUCGCAGACAGUAAGCAGGCAAAUAAAAUCAAACAGGAAUUGAGUCAUCGGUUUACAAAGCUCCUUAUAAAGGAGAAAGGAGGAGAAUUAACUCUCCUUGGGACCCAAGAUGACAUUUCAGCUGCCAGAUGUUUUUUUCCUCUGAAAGACUCUGAAAGUCUUGUCAUGGGACCUGUGAAAAUAUCAACUCCCAGAAGCAUGAUGAAUGGAAUUGAAGUUGAUACUUUUCAGUAUAAGCUUUUAGAAGCUGAAAUACUCCAGGAGAUACCAAAGAUAGAAAAAAAGUAUGACACUCAAUGUAAGGUUUCAGGAAACACUGAGAAAACCUGCAUCCUAUUUGAACCUAAGGACAAGGAAUUAGAUCUGUCUGCCCAUGCUUAUGCAAGUUUCAUUGAUGUCUGUCAACAUGUGUCAUGUCAGGUGAUGAGAGAAGUUCUUUCGCUGAAACCUUUGGGCAAAGAGAGAAUGCACUUACAUGGGACCAAGUUUGCUGAUGGCUUUAGGAAAAAGCAUCCAAAUGUACACUUUGUACUGAAUCAAGAGUCAAUGACUUUGAUUGGAUUGCCAGAUCACCUUGCAAAGGCAAAGCAGUAUAUCUUUAAAAAAGUGGGGAUGUCCCCAUUAGCUGGAGACAAAUGGAAUGAGGACCAUGAAACAUCCAUGGACAAUGACAGUAAUGAUUCAAAAACAGCUUCACCCACAUUCCAGCACUCUGCUGGUUCUGGGGCGUCAGGCAUGGACAAGGAAGAGGACAUAUGUAGCAUCUGCAUGGACAUGAUUAGUAACAAAGAAGUGCUACCCAAGUGCAAGCACGCAUUCUGCUCCCCUUGUAUCAACAAAGCCAUGGCCUAUAAACCGGUCUGUCCUGUGUGCCAGACUUCCUAUGGUAUCCAGAAAGGCAAUCAGCCAGAGGGAACCAUGACUGUCACUGUCCUAGGAGACUCACUUCCAGGUUAUGAAUCCUGUGGCUCCAUUGUGAUUAAUUAUAACAUGAAAGGAGGCAUUCAAACAGAAAAGCACCCAAACCCAGGAAAGGCAUACUCUGGAAUACAACGAACAGCAUACCUGCCCAAUAAUGAGGAAGGAAUCGAAGUUUUGAGACUGCUUCGUAGGGCCUUUAACCAAAAGCUGAUUUUUACGGUGGGGGAGUCUCGAGUAUUAGGAAUCUCAGAUGUCAUUACAUGGAAUGACAUCCACCACAAAACAUCCCGUUUUGGGGGCCCGCAAAAGUUUGGCUACCCUGAUCCUGGUUAUUUGAAACGUGUUAAACAAGAGCUGAAAGAUAAAGGAAUUGAGUAAGAAAACUGCUGGAAGGAUGUCUUGAGCCAAGCUUUCAAAAGACACAGUUGAAGAAACAUCUUUACAUUUUCUUUCAUCUCAAGAAGUGGUCUGUUUAGAAGUAAGAAUCUACUAGUCUGUCAUUUCUGGAGUGUUACUUUUUAUGGAAGAUAAAAGUUCCAGGGGCGCCUGGGUGGCUCAGUUGGUUGAGCAUCCAACUUCUGCUCAGGUUGUGAUCUCACAGUUCAUGAGCUCCAGCCCCACACUGGGCUCUCUGUGUCAGCAUGGAGCCCACUUCAGAUCCUCUCCGCCCCACCCCC